AUGGCAUUUUACACUGGCAAUCCCCUCGCCGUGAUCUUUCUCCUGGACCCCAACACCACCAUCCCCACAAUCCAGCACCUAAAGCAGACCAUCGCACGCGAGUUCAUCAUCCACCCCAGAACAGGCCCUCAUCGGCGCAUCGACAUAUUCACCUUCACCCCCACCGAUGAGCUCCCAUUUGCCGGUCACCCUACUAUCGGCGCAGCAUCGUGGUUCCUCUGCCACUCACCAGAUGGAGACCCCAUUGAUUGCCUCAUCACCAGGUCCGGGGAGAUCCCUAUCUCAAUACAACCCCCAUCCCAGCCUGGGACAACACCAGACCCCACAACAGAAGUGGUAGCUCACAUUGCGCACAAUGUCCAUCUCCAUGCGGCACGGUUCCCGCUCAAGGAACUACUCAGACUGGAAGGAUCUCUGGCGCGGUUCUUUCCCUGUGCCGGGGCUGGAGCAGGGGAGAUCUCAAUUCCCCGUGUUCUCGAUCGUGAAGGGGAUGUACUAGAUCCUGGUGGAGUUGCCUUUGUUGGAGGCGCUGGGGGCUGUGUGGCCAGUGCGGCCAGUGGGUUGAGAGCGUAUUUGGCUCUGACUGGGAGAAAGGAAGUUGUGAGCAGGUGUGAUGUUGUGCAAGGUGCGGAGAUGGGACGACGGAGUGAGAUUGGAGUGGAGGUUGCUGUGAAAGGCGAGGUAGGCAUUGAGUAUCUGGAUCUGAAGGGGGCUGCUGUGAAGGUGCCAGAGGGAAGGGGUCUGGUGCCUCCAGAAUGA